UUCGCAGUCUGUUGUUUUUCGCGCGUGCUAUGGUGUUCCUUUGUUUUCGUUAUUGAACGUGAGUGAUGUUAGCGAUGGAGUGGUUAGAAGACGAUGUAAUGCUAUUAAUUGAAGAGUACAGACACCACAGAUGCCUGUGGGAUCCAAGAGAUCCAGAAUUUAAAAUGCACACCAGAAAAAAUGAAGCUUGGCAAGAUAUUGCGGAAGCACUGAAAGUGCCAUCUGAGGAAGUGAAGAAGAAAAUGAACUCCCUACUUGCUUCCUUUAGGAGAGAAAAAAGGAAAGAGGCCACAACCUCGGGAAUGCCUGCAGGCAAGAAAUACCGUUCCGGCUGGUUUGCCUUCAAAUCGAUGUCAUUCCUGCUUGAUAAAGUUGGAUGGACAAAAGGCAGAUGCUCAGAGGAGAACACAGUUGAAGAGGUUGAUAUAGAUGUGACAAGUUUGGAAGGGUCUGAAGAUGAGGGAACAAGUAAUGACAUUGUCUUACAAACAGAAUAUCCUGCAUCAGAUGAAGUACAAGUAGGGGAUGUAGAAGAACCUCCAAGAAAGAAGAAUAAGUGUAGAAAAGGAGAUGCAUAUGAUGAAGCUGCUGCUGAUCUGAACAUGAUCAUAAAUAUAAUUGACACCAUCAGAAACAAAAAACAAGCUACAAACAACAAGAAACAAGAAAAAAAGUCACCACGUGACAUAUUUUCUGAUUAUGUGGCAUUUAAAUUGAAAACCUACAAUAACCAUGUACAGAACAUAGUGCAGUUUAAAAUUCAUGAAGUGUUCUUCCAGGCAGAUAUGGGCAAUUUUGACAGCCCCUCCACCACAACAAACCAGCAAACUGAAAUUAUUCAGUCCUCUCCAUCUUCUUCCGCCAUAACUAUUGACACAAACGAUACAAAACAUUCCGAUACUGUGGUACACACACUUUUGCUAUAGUUUUUAUUUCCAACUAUAGAUAUUUUCAUAUACUCAAUAUUUAAUUUAUUUAAGAGAAGACAGAAAAAUAAAUGUCUUUGAGAGUAAA